AUGGAUCUGAUCGUACCUAAUUACUUCAAAUACGUUAACAUUGAUACAUUGCUGUUGUUCCCUUUGGCACUUCUUGUCUCCCUCGCAUACUGCAUCAUGUGGAUCACUUACACACGGUGGUUCCACCCCCUCGCGCAAUUCCCUGGCCCAUUCUGGGCCUCUGUCUCGCGGAUCUGGACGGUGUUGCAUGUGCUUCCCGGCAAUGCUGAGAAGACGCAGAGGAAGCUGCAUGAGAAAUAUGGACCCAUUGUCCGCAUUGCUCCCGAUGAACUUAUCACCAGCGACCCAGCCGCAGUGAAGACGCUCUAUGGGGUCAAGUCCGGGACCCUCAAGACCGACUUCUACCUCGCGUUCAGGCCACCGUGGGCCCGGUUCCCAGACCAUUUCUCUGCCAUCGGCGGGAAACAGCACGCGGAUCGCCGGCGCAUCGUCAGCGCCGUCUACUCGAUGUCCAGCAUCCUCCAGUCGGAACAGUACGUCGACGCCUGCAUCGACCUCUGGGAGGAAAAGCUCGGCGAGAUGGCAGACCGCAAAGAGUCAUUUGACUUGUGGCUCUGGACAAGAAUGUACGCGUACGACGUGAUCGGCGAGCUCUUCUUCAGCAAGAUGUUCGGCUUCCUAGAAGCAGGCGGCGACCAUCUCGGCUACAUCGCCGCCACAGACGAUCUGAUCCCCGUGCAGUUCCUGGCGGGCAUCAUGCCCACCUACGUGCGGCCCCUAUUCUUGCUGACGGGGUUCCUCCUCCCUAAGGUGCGAGGUGCGCUGACGGCGCUGGCGAGCCUGACGGAGGCGACCAACGCCACGAUCAAGAGACGGCUCUUCGCGCUGAGCGAGUUGGACUCCAACACCAAGCCGCAGCGGGCAGAUAUCCUUGGGAAGCUGCUUGACAUUUCGCACAAGAACGGCAAGGCGCUCAACUUUGAGCUGGCCGAUAUCAAGAUGGAAUCUUUCAGUGGGUUCUUCGCCGGAAGCGAGACGACAGCCCUGACUCUGUCCGGCAUCCUCUACAACAUCUUCCGCAAUCGAGCCGUCUACGAAAAACUCACUUCUGAGAUCGACGCUGCGAUUACGAGCCACCAGCUGAGCCGGCCGCACAUCACAUACACCGAGGCUACUAGGCUCCCCUAUCUGGGGGCCUGCAUUAAGGAGGGGAUCCGAAUGCACCCGAUCACCGGGGUCUCAUUCCCCCGCCACGCCCCAUCUUGCGGAUGCGAGGUUGGCGGGUACUGGAUCCCCGGGAAUACACGCGUAGGUGUGAACCCAGCAGUCAUUCAUUUCGACAAGUCCGUCUUUGGGGAGGACGCGGGUAUAUUCCGGCCGGAAAGGUGGAUAGAGGCCGGCGCGAACGUGGCUAAUAUGGAUUGUCAUAUAAUGCAGUUUGGCAUGGGAGCGAGGGUUUGCCUGGGGAAGAAUAUCUCCAUGUGCGAGAUCUACAAAGCUAUUCCGCAGCUACUGCAUUCAUUUACCUUUGAAAUGGGUGCUGAGGAGCCCGUGAAGACGACUUCGUAUUGGUUCCAUAAACCGGUUGCCAUCCACGUGAAGGUUCGGCGCCGUUGA